GUGCUAAGCGCAGUGUGGCUCUUGGUGUCCACUCAGUUUUGACUAGCCAGGAUUUAGGUUUUCCUGCUGGUUUAGGGACACGGCUGGCAAGCUCAGAGAGGCGACGAGACUCUGGCUUCAGACACACGGCUUCGAGGAGAGCCAGGCUCCAGGGGACUCGCAGUCUAAGGCAGAAGAUUUCCCUGUCCUGAAGAAACCUCUUCUGAAGACUUCCAGGACCCUCUUCCUGAGGUGAGAAGCAAGAGUUCUUCCACAGAGAGAGCUGAAGAUGGCUCAAGACCAGCCUUUGCUGGCCGUGCAGGAGGUCCUGAGGAAGUGCUUCCCCGUGGUGGAGCAGCAGCAGGGCCUAUGGCAGAGCACUCUGCAGGACUGCUCUCCCCUCCUCUCCUCUCUCAGCAACCUGGCAGAGCAGCUCCAGGCUGCACAGAACGUGCGCUUCGAGGAUGUGCCUGCCCUUCGUCCCUUCCCAGACUUACAGGAGCGGCUGAGGCGCAAGCAACUGGAGGCUGGCGACAUCGCCCUGGACAAGAUAACUGACAGGCUAGCCACCCUCCUCAGGGUUCGCGACACCGUCAGCAGCCAUGUGGAGCGGGUGUUCCAGACCUACGAGCAGCACUCGGCUGCGCUUGACAUGGACGCUAUCCUGCGGCCCUCGGUUGUGAGCCCUUCUGUGGCUGACAUGUUGGAGUGGCUGCAAGACAUUGACAGACAUUAUCGAAGCUCGUACCUGAAGAGAAAGUACCUUCUCUCCUCCAUCCACUGGGGAGACUUGGCCAGCAUCCAAGCACUGCCUAAGGCCUGGGAACAAAUUUCAGAAGACGAAUGCCCAAGCUUUGUGCCAGAUAUCUUGGUGAGCGUCUCCUUCUUCCUGGAGGAGCCAGGAAGCUGCACAGUGACCGGAGCUGUGGAGCCCCGCAGCUGACUGCUGCUGUUGCCACCCUCGGCUAUCUCGAAGUGAGCAUCAGCACUGCAGCCCCACGCUCCGAAAUACCAGUGCCGACGGUUAGAGGUGCCUACGGCUUCUCCGUGCUAGGCCAUGGCCAGGGGCCCAUGGCCACUGUACUGCAGCUCUGAGAAGUGGAUAGGGGCAGAGGGAAAAGGAAGGCAGCACUGAUAAACAGUGUCCAUCUCCAUCGUUAGGCUUGAAGCGGCAAGGAAGGAAAGAACCAGGAGCUGAAGAUCCAUGGCUGUCCCUGCCUCUGUGUCAGCUGAAGUACUUUAGUUGGCUCAGGUCCUGGUUAUGUGUAUCUGAGUCCUUAGUGGUUUAAAUCUGAGUGGGUCUGGGAGUGCAGGGCAGUAGCAGUGUGUGUGUGGCACAUGAAGACCUGGAUUCAAUCUCUUGCACACCCAAAGAAGGGAGGAACUGAAGGAAAGGGAACGUUUAAAAUGUUUACCAUUUCCAGAACUAGCCACCAGGGGGAGACGGUGCAACGUGAGCAGUUCUGAAUGCUUUGUCCUUGAGAGGUCCCUGUUGCUGUUAAAAGUAGCUGAGGGCCAGGACUAUCUCACCUGCCCCUAGAGAGGCGAUCUCUGUGAUUUUUGAUCAUCCUGGAGUACAUAUAGCUCCAGACCAACCAAGGCUACAUACCGAGACUCUUGUCUCAGAAAAGGGAAAGAAAUAUGUUAGCUGAGAAUAGUGACUCCCCAGAUGCCAGGCUGGAGGCUCAGGUGACCUUUUAUUGGCUACAUUCUUCUGGGUUUGGAGUGACUGGCCAGGUAGGAGAAUACGCCAGCUGUGAUUGUUAGUUUUAAUUGUUCGUUUGGAAGGGAGUCUCAAUGAGGAAUGUUCUAGAUUUGGUUGGCCUGCAGGCAGGCCUGCGGGAUUUUCUUUAUUGAGGUGAGAAGAGCCAUCCUGAUGUGGGUGGCAUCGUUUCAUGGGCUGGGCCCUAGAUCACAUGAGGGAGAGCAGGCUGAGCACCAGCAGGCACGCACUACGCCUUUGCUCUUGACCGUGGGUAUCAUGUGACCAGCUGCUUCGGGUGCUUGCCACCUUGACUUCCCCGCAGCGAUGUACUGUCCCCUCAGAUUACGAGCCUAAUAAACCUUUCUCCUUUCAGUUGCAUAUGUCAGUGUGUUUAUCGUAGUGUUGUAGGGCUCCCUAAAGGAACAGCUGAUGGAAUGGAAGACUAUAUGGAGAGACUGGGGUUAGAGUGAGGGCAGUAAGCCUAAAGCAAAAGCUGCUGCUUCCCUAUGCGUUUAUGUGGACAGAAAGUGUGGUUCAGCCUUGGGAUGGGUCUCCCCGCCUCAAAUGAUCCAGAUUUAGGGUGGGUCCCCCCCCCCAUGAUACAGUCAAGAAAACCCCUCCCAGGCAUGCCCAGUUGCUUGGGUGUUAGUUGAUUCCAGCUGUGGCCAAGAUUAGCCAUCACACACAGUGACAGGAAAUAAUCUUAGAGGCAGCCUUGAGUUAUAGGUCAGAGCCUCAGUCACCCUCUGUGCAGUGGCCUCUUGCCUUGGGGUCCCAGCUUCCCUCUUGUAGAAGGCAAGGCUGGCAUGCGCAGGACCAGACACAGAGCGUGGGAACAUAUAAAAAAAAAAAGUGGCUUUGUUCUUACUAUAUGUUUUUGUAUUUAAUUAAAGGGAAAAUAGGAAAACAAUUAAACAACACAAAAGUAUAAUGCAAAACCCACCCUAGAUAUUUUGAUCUAUAUCCCUUCACUGUUCUUAGCAAAUUUAAAAACAAAAACCCUGAUACAAACUCAUUCUUGUUGCCUUUGUGGAUAGUGGAACAUCUGCAAAUAAGCCAGCAAAUCUGUACCAGACAGACUAUCCGACGUUUGUGAAUGUGUUACUACCUUUUCCCCCCGCCACUGGGAAUUCUUUUUUUCUUUUUU